CUUAUCCUCGACAUUCGCCCACACAACGCCCAUGCCGCCGCCAGGCUCCCCUCCGCCCUCUCCCUCUGUGUCCCAUCGACCCUCCUCAAGCGCCCGACGUUUCCACUCGCACGUCUUGCCCCGAUGCUCCCAUCCACGGCAGCCCGUACGAGAUUCGCGGCUUGGCGCGAUGCGAGCCGGAUCGUGGUCUACGACGCGGACGCACCGGCCUUGAGCGAUCGACCGGCUCUGUUGGGCCUGCUGCGAAAGUUCCGCGCCGAGGGCUUCGAAGCCAGCAAGGAGGUCGCCUGGGUGCGAGGAGGCUUCAACGCCAUCUACCGAGAGCGGCCUGACCUUCUCGAUCGCUCGCCGAUUGUUGACGAGGAUGGCGAGGAGGAGGAUGAGCUCGGUGACAUGGCGCCGCCAAUGGGGCUCACCGCUGCUCCAUCUUUUCCCACCUGUAUCUUCCUCCUGACAUGUAUGCGCACACAGGUCGCUGCCAACCCGUUUUUCGAUGCCAUUCGACAGAAUCUCGAGCUCGCGCACGGUGCUGGGUCAUCAGGAGAGCCAAUUGUCUUGCGGCUGCCGCGGAGGGUGCGGAGACGCGUGGGCGACCUGCCCUUCGACAGCCAGAGCCCGUCGAGCGCGGAGGACCUCACGCGCGCGCUGGAGCUGCAGUUCUACAAGAUCGAGCUCGGCGAGCAGCGCCGCCUCAUGGGCGUGAUGGAGCACCACAGCAAGGAGAGCGGCACGCAGGCCUCUGCGGGCGGGAUCAUCACGGCGGGCUUGGAGAAGGGCAACAAGAACAGAUACCGUAACAUUUGGCCGUUCGAACACGCGCGUGUGCGGCUGUGCAAGUCGCGCCCCGACGAUGACGACUACAUGAACGCGAGCUAUGUACAGCCCCUCGGCACCACUAAGCGGUACAUCGCGACACAGGGGCCGCUUCCCGCGACGUUCGCAGACUUCUGGACACUGUGCUGGGAGCAGAACGUCCACGUCGUCGUCAUGCUCACGCGCGAGAUCGAGAGCAACACGGUCAAAUGCGGCAAGUACUGGGACGACGGUGAAUAUGGCCCGCUCCGCCUCAAGCUCCUCGCCACGGACGACACGCCAGAGCAGGAGCACAGGCGCAAAGAGAGCGAGAUGAAUGCCGGCUUCUUCGCCGCGCAUGUCACGCUGCCGCACAAAGCGAAGGGGAAGGGGAAGCGCGCAGGCAAGGAGCGGGGCCGCGCGAACGAGCAUCCGAGCACCGUGCGACGCGUGUUCCAGCUGAAGCACACCGGGUACCCCCGCGCGCCGCCGCGCAUCAUCACGCAGCUCCAGUACCUCGACUGGCCGGACUUCAACGUGCCUAGCGACCCGCGGGGCGUGCUCGAGCUGAUCCAUGAAGUCGAGGAGGCCGAAGGGAACGAAGUGGACCCGAGCACGGGCAUCGCAAGGCACGCACAGGGGAACCCACCUGUUUUGCUGCACUGUUCUGCGGGCGUCGGACGCACCGGCGGGUUCAUUGCCGUCGACGCCGUCCUGGAUGGAUUACGCCGCGACAUGCGGAAGCGUCGGGAGGAGACGGAGGCUGGUGCGGCCGCCGGAGGGUCCGCAAGUCCCAUCCGGCGGGUCAUCGAAGACAUGCGGGAGCAGCGCAUGAGCCUCUGCCAGAGCCUGCGACAGUACGUCUUCGUGCAUCGGGCCAUUAUCGAG